AUGGCUUUCCGGCGAAUACCCAUCACAUGGACUGUCUUCCUCUACCUCUUGUUAGUAUCGACCCAAUCCAUUCACACUGCUAGGGCACGCAAAACCCCCAAAAUCCAAGGACCCAUCAAAACGGUCGUCGUUUUGGUCAUGGAAAACCGCUCCUUCGACCACAUCCUCGGCUGGCUGAAGUCGACCCGACCCGAAAUCGACGGCCUCACCGGAAACGAGUCGAACCCGCUCUCCGUCUCGAACCCCAACUCGCUUCGGGUCCCCGUCUCCAGCGACGCCUUCUUCAUUGACUCGGACCCGGGCCACUCGAUCCAGGCGAUCAGGGAGCAGAUAUUCGGGUCCAACCGGAGCUUCGAGGACCCGGCUCCGAUGAACGGGUUCGCUCAGCAGGCAGAGAGCAUGGCUGAGGGCAUGUCGAGCAAGGUGAUGAGCGGGUUCAAGCCGGAGGUCUUGCCGGUCUACACCAAGUUAGCGAACGAGUUUGCCGUGUUCGACCGGUGGUUCGCGUCCGUACCCGCGUCGACUCAGCCGAACCGGUUCUACGUCCACUCGGCUACGUCACACGGCGCCUCCAGCAACGUCCGCAAGGACCUCAUCCACGGCUUCCCUCAGAAAACGAUCUUCGACUCCCUGGACGAAAAUGCCCUCGACUUCGGGAUUUAUUACCAGAACAUCCCUGCCACCCUCUUCUUCAGGAGCCUGAGGAAGCUGAAGCACGUGACGAAAUUCCACAGCUAUGCUCUGAAAUUCAAGCUCCACGCGAAGCGCGGGAAGCUCCCGAACUACGCGGUGAUCGAGCAGAGGUACUUCGACGUCAAGGAGCUUCCCGCCAACGACGACCACCCGUCGCAUGACGUGGCUCGAGGGCAGAGGUUCGUGAAGGAGGUGUACGAGACGCUGAGGGCAAGCCCGCAGUGGAAAGAAAUGGCCUUGUUGAUUACAUACGAUGAGCACGGCGGGUUUUACGAUCACGUGCCUACGCCGGUUUCGGGUGUGCCGAGCCCGGAUGGGAUUGUCGGACCCGACCCGUUUUAUUUCAGGUUUGACCGGUUGGGUGUGAGGGUGCCGACCAUACUCGUCUCGCCCUGGAUCGAAAAGGGUACCGUUAUCCAUGAGCCAACAGGGCCGACACCAGAUUCGCAUUUUGAGCAUUCGUCUAUCCCUGCGACUGUAAAGAAGCUUUUCAAUUUAAAAUCGAACUUCCUGACAAAGAGAGAUGCAUGGGCUGGUACUUUUGAGAAUUACUUUUACCUCCGCAGUACUCCUCGUGACGACUGUCCAGUCAAUGCUCAUCCACAUUCCUUGGUUACAGAAACUCUUCCAGAGGUGACUAUGUCACUGAGGCCUGGGGGACCGCGAGAAGAUGUGAGCCUCUCAGAAUUUCAAGUUGAGUUGAUCCAGCUUGCAUCCCAGCUCAAUGGUGAUUAUGUUCUUAACACGUACCCAUAUAUCGGCGAAAGCAUGAGAGUGGCUGAAGCCAACAGAUAUGCAGAGGAUGCUGUUAAGAGGUUCCUGGAAGCUGGACGAGCUGCACUUAAAGCCGGAGCCAACGAGUCUGCAAUCGUUAGGAUGAGACCUUCCCUCACUAGCCGAGUUAAUAUGCAAGGUCAUGGCUCCUCCCACCUACAAACUCAAUGA